AUGUCUUCCGGGGUAAGAAAGCAGACCCUCUACGCCGCCGCCGCCUCCGUGCGGCUCCUCCUCUUCGUCGCUUUCCCCGGCCUUGCCGACCUCCUAACUGGGCGUGUGGAGGUGUCGACACCUGUGACGAGCUUCAAGAGAUUUCAAGAAGGCCUCUAUCUCUACAACCACAACGUUUCUCCUUACAAUGGCGGCAUAUUCCACCAGGCGCCGCUCCUCCUACCUUUUUUCUCGCUCCUUCCCGAUAAUAGAACCCUUCCGAUUAUUACGUUCCUGCUCUAUAUAGUGCUCGACAUCCUCACUGCUGAUGCACUGUCCAAGAUUGCCGACUCUGGCGAGGCUGGAAGCACGCGGCUAUUCACGUCGCCGAGGAAGGAGAAGAAGUGGAGCGGCGUGCAGGUCGCAGCGGCCUACCUUUUCAACCCUUUCACGGUGGCAACAUGCCUCGGUCGAUCCACAAGCGUUUUCACAUCAUUCAUGAUCGUUUACGCCACCUCGAAGGCUGUUCAGGGAAAAUCGCUUUCUUCCAUGGUCGCGAUAUCCUUUGCGUCAUACCUAUCGAUGUACCCUCUCCUCUUGGUACCACCGUUACUCCUUCUCUGCUACGACCGCCAACCUGCUUCCCGCCGAACGGUUGCGUCAAAGUUCUACACGAUCAAUGCCGCCGUUGUACUGGGAACGACUUCCUUCCUCCUCUUCCUCUCAUUCCUCGUUAGCGGCGCCUCGUGGGAGUUUUUAUGGAGCACCUACGGCAUCCAGCUCACCCUUACGGAUCUCACGCCUAACGUCGGUCUCUGGUGGUACUUCUUCAUCGAGAUGUUCGACUCCUUCCGCGCCUUCUUCCUCGGCGUCUUCUGGCUCCACCUAUCCUCUUACGUCGGCGGCCUCUCCAUCCGCAUCCGCACGCAGCCCCUCGCUGUGCUUACCCUCCUCCUGGGCAUCUUCUCCAUCUUCAAGCCCUACCCAUCGAUCGCCGACAUCAGCCUCUUCCUCGGCUUCGUGCCACUGUACAAGCACGUGUGGCCUCUGAUGAGGUACUCGUUCGUCACCAUCUCAACGCUCAUGUACGCCACUACUCUGGGCCCGGCGUUCUAUCACCUGUGGAUCUACGCGGGGAGCGGAAACGCCAAUUUCUUUUACGCCAUUACACUCGUGUGGAGUUUGGGGCAGAGCUUGCUCGUUUCGGAUUUGGCGUUUGCUGUGCUGAGGGAUGAGUGGGAGGUUGAGAGGCCGGAGAUGGUGGGGAAGGAGAUUCGGCAGAUUUAG